CGGGGGGAGGAGAGGCAGCGGCCUCCCCAAUCCGUGGCGGCGGCGCGGCAGCGCGUUUGGGUUCAAACUCUCUAUAAAAGGCCCCCGUGCGGCCUCGGCUCGGCGGUUAGCGGCGGCCGCGGCUCCCCAUGGCGAGCCAGUCCCAGUGCCUGGAGGACGCGCCCGGCCGCGGGCCCCGCGGGGAGCCGAGCUCGCCCGAGCUCUACAGCGAGGCGCAGCGGCUGGCGCUGGAGGAGCUGGUGGCGGGCGGCCGGGCCGCUUUCCGCGCUUUCCUGCGCCGCGAGAAGGUGCCCGGCUUCCUCUCGGAGCCCGAGAUCCAGGCCGUCCUCCAGGCGGCCGCGCCGCCGGCCGGGGCCGAGAACGGGGCGGCCGAGUCCUCGCUCAGCGCCUCGCUGGACUGCUCCUCGCUCACCUACUUCCCCGAGCAGUCGGACGUGGAGCCGCCCGCGCUGGAGCUGGGCUGGCCGGCCUUCUCCGGCGGCUCGUACCGCGGCCUCACCCGCGUGGAGGCGCUUUUCCAGCCCAGCUUCGGGGAGACCAUCUACAGCUGCAAGGAGGCGGUGCGCAGGCAGAUCCGCUCGGCCAGGGAGGUGAUCGCUCUAGUUAUGGAUUCCUUCACAGAUAUUGAUAUCUUCAGUGACCUUCAGGAAGCCUACAGAAAGCGGAAGAUUCCAGUCUACAUCCUUCUGGACCAAGAUUUUCUACCCCACUUCAUGGAAAUGUGCAGGAGUCUGGGAGUCUGUCCUGAGCAGGAAGGUCUGAUGAGAGUUCGAACUAUAACUGGGAACACUUAUUGCACGAGGUCAGGAGCUAAAAUUGUUGGGAAAGUCCAUGAGAAGUUCAUGUUAAUUGAUGGCAUUAGAGUGACUACAGGCUCCUACAGCUUCACAUGGACUGAUGGGAAAUUGAAUAGCAGUAACUUGUUGCUGCUGUCAGGUCAAGUGGCUGAACACUUUGACCUGGAGUUCAGGAUCCUUUAUGCACAGUCAAAACCGAUCAGCCCUAAGCUGCCAUCCAGCUGCCGGAGCAGUGGAAUAUUUGAUCACCUGGUCAGUGGAACAAAAUCACCUAAAGACCACACUGUGGGAAACCUCUUGAGAGCAGAGUUGGCCAGACUGUCAAGCACCCCCACAAAACCACUGAAAAAAACAGAUUUGACUAACAAUACUGAAGGAAGCAAAUCCUAUAACCUGGGUCCUUCCGAUACUGGCACAGAAGAGUGGUUUGGAAAUCUGGAGGCCAUAGUGGAACCAAAGGAGGUGAAUAGCAUGUCUACUCAAACUGAACCAUGGGAAGAGAAGCCCACAGUGACUCUAUCUAAUGCUGUCACGCAAACCAGUGUUGUAAUGGUAGCAUCUGGAACCCAAACCUCUGUUGCUGCUAGAAUGGCUGGCACUCAAACAGUGGUGCCACGGAAGACAGCUGUGACCCAGACGGACAAGGAGAGUGUGGAAGAGCAUCUACUUCUGCGACAACAAUCGAAAGAAGGAUCUCCUUCAUCUGGAAAGUCCACAUCAACUUCUUCUAGUCUACGGUCACUUUCUUCAUCAUCUUCCCAGUGCUCUGCGGCAAGCUCUACCAGCUCACUGUCCUCUCUGAGGUCCAUUGAGUACUCUGGCAACUACAGGGCAGAGUACUUCCAAAAACUGCAUAAAGAGAGGCAGUUCCACUACUCUGUUAUCCGAUCCAAACUUAACCAUAUGGUUGCUAUCCUCUCCCGAAGGGGACGUGUGCCUGAAAACUAUACGAGCUGCCACGCUGUUAGCUGCAAUGUAAAACAGAGGCAUGAGAUCAGCACCAGCCUACUCAGCCUCAGAGAUGUUUCUCUGUUCAAAUAAAUGACUGCUGAGUUGGCUGUAAGUCCAAGAGCUCCAGGCUCACUGCACAUUCCUUUUAACAGCUAGUGAUUUUUAUAGUCCAUCCCGGUACCGUGUGUGUAGGGGCUGGUAACUUACCAGCACUGUAGUCUCAUUCUAUGCAACUUGUUAAACGAUGCACUGAAAUAUUUUUAGAUAUUUUUAAUGCCAUACAUGUCUUCACUUGCUUUUUUUUAUAUGUAAUAACACUAAAAUUCAUUCUAUCUAUUGAUGUUUACCCCUCAAUUCCUUGUUAGACCGUCACCGGCAAAAUAUACUAGUUAGUGCUUCGUAGUGCUGUCAACAUUAUGGUUUUAACUUAUUUAUAUUUAGAAAAGUUGUUACUGUGUCAGAAUGAUUCUGUUCAAACUGAGUUCUGAGAUCUUAUUCUGACUUCCACUUGCUAAUGUGAAUUAUGUUAAUGCUGGGUUUUAUUACAACUUUAUUUUGAAAAUAAAACAACUUUAAAAAACCAAAGUGGGGAAAUUAGCUUCACAUAUCUGCACUAAACAAGGCUAACUUUGUUUGUAAUCUGAAUUCAAUGAUGAAUUUAGAUUAUUAUGGGUUUAUCACUCUUGCAUGAUAGUCAUAAGGACUCUAAGAGCUUAAGGGUGUUUUUGUGUUUGAUUAUAUCCCCUCUGUUUAACUACAAACUAAUGAAACUCACUGAGUGGUAUCUAACUAGCCAAUCUUCCAGCUUCAUCAUUCUUUUGCACAUUUUUUUAUAUAAAACCAAGCUUCUUUAAUAACUUAGUAAACAACCCUGAUGAACAACCAGAGUUAUCAGAGUACAACUCCCAUCUUUUGGGAGAACUCUCAUAAGUGUGACAAGCCUUAAGGCCUUUUUAGGGUCUAUGCUACAAAAAGUGAUCCUAUGGGGCAGCAAAACCAAUAGGUAUGUAUUAGCAUAAAGUUUUCUUUGUGGGAUAUUCUGCUGAAAAACAGGUUACUCCUGUUAGGAAGGAGAAUGUGUCCUUAUUACUCACUCUCUGUAGUUGCCCCUCAGAAGAAAAUUAUUCCUGAUGACUAGGCACCUGAUUCUAUUAAAUCAAUGAAAUCUCUGAGCAAUGGCAGCCCUGGCCAGUACUGACAAAAGUUUCUAGUGCAGUAAUGUUCAGGGGUAUGAUUAUUUACAAUGUUUUUACACCAGCAAAAAUCCUUACUGUAGAUGCAGUUGUACCAGCAAAACAGUCCUUUUGGCUGUAGUUCAUUUUGUUCAGGUAACUGGUAUAAGUUUUUUAUAAGGGCAAAAGAACUAGUCAGUAUAAGCUACUUCCCCACUAGGGGGGUGUUGCUGGUGUAGGCCUUAUUUCAAUGUGCCUCUAAAGGGCCGCUCUAAACUUUU